AAUAAAUAAAUAAAUAAAGAGGAACUAUCGGCUCGGGUGAGAGAUUUUGGAGAUUUUUGUUUUUGUUUUUGUUUUUAUGAGAUUGAAAAGAAGAAGGAACGAACCCUAAUUAAACCAACCAAACAAACAACCAUUUGGAUUUUGAUUUUGGGGGGCGGACGGGACGGGGCUUUCCUCAAUAUCAACGAUCCAUCUCCAUUUUUUCCUAAUAUGUCGGGCAUGUAGAUUGCAAUGGAGCUAUGGUGCGUAGUUGAUGCCGGAUGAUUCAACAUUUUUCUCUUCGGCAAUUUGUUAGCUACUGAAAUGAAACCCAAAACAACCGGAACUCCCAGAGCUCAGAAGCCUAAAUUGCUUCAGGGCGAGGGCGGGCCAAAUUGGAUACUUAUUGCUGGUGGUGCGUUGCUAAGUACGUUAUCGAUUCGUCUUGGUUACAAGCUGAAGCAGGCUAUUGACACGAAGCAGCAGGAGAAUGUCAACAAUGGUUCAAAAGGAAAUGGAAAAUUUUCGGACAGAAGGAAGUCUGCUGGGUGUCGCACGCACUCCAAUGUUUAUUCCUUCGCAGAAGAUGAUGGCACUUGUUUUAAUUGCUUGUCAGGUGCGGGAGUUGCUAUGGACAUUACAUGCCAACCAGAUGGCCAGAUGUUGUCUGAAUCAGAUGGUGCUAUGCCCUUGGUAACAGUUCCAGCCUCCGAGUUUAACAAGGAGAAUGGUGUGAUCUGGGCGUCUUCUCCUGAUCGGCUUGAGUUGCCUCCGAAGCCGUUUAACCACCAUUCAAACUGCUCAGAUUCACCAUGUGUUUCUGAAUCUGGCUCUGAUGUCUUCAGUAAGCGGGAAGUAAUACACAAACUGAGGCAGCAAUUGAAGAGAAGGGAUGACAUGAUAUUGGAGAUGCAAGAUCAGAUUGUGGAGUUGCAGAGUUCACUCAAUGCCCAGCUGGCACGUUCCUCCCAUUUGCAGUCGCAGCUUGAUGCUGCUAACAGGGACUUGUUUGAUUCAGAGAGAGAAAUCCAGAGACUUCGGAAGGCUAUAGCAGACCACUGUGUGGCACACUCCAAUGACAAGUCCACCACAGUCCCGAGUUGGCCGUUGGAGCGCGAGGGCAUGAAUGGUCAUGCCAAUGGUUAUCAUGAAGGGGAAAGCAAUUUUGAGACACCGGAAAAGGGCAGAGCGGAGGGUGAGAGGAUUGAGAUGCUUAAGAGGAACGUGUUAGAAUUGAAGGAGGUAAUAGAAGGGAAGGACUACUUGUUGCAGAACUACAAAGAGCAGAAGGCCGAGCUGUCAGUGACGAUUAAGGAGUUGCAGCAGAGACUGGAUUCACAGCUCCCUAGCAUUUUGUAGGCACUCACUCAAGUUUUGUGUAUUCUUUGGUUGUUUCCUCUGAUUUAAGAUUCCAAAUUGUCCAGAAUCUUCAAUCAUCUUCCUUUUUCUUUUCCGUGAAAUACGUAGUUUAGCUUAUUAAUUGUUUGGUUAUAUAUAUUUUCUGUUGGAUGGCGUGCUGACUGCUGAGCGUGGACUCCAGUGAGAGAUUUUAAGGUUUGAAUACGAGUAAAAGGCUUGCCUUUUGAUUUUCUUC